AUGAGUGUCCGGGUCGCACGGGCCGCCCGGGCCUGGGCCCGAAGCAUGAGCGGCCGCCGCGGCUUCUCGAACUGGCCGCGGCCUCCGCCGGCUGCUGUGGACGUGGCGGCGCUGCUGCGAGAGGCGACCGCGGCGGACGGAGGGUCCCGGGACACGGAGGCGGCGGCGGGACGGCGGGAGCCGGGCCAGUGCUCUGUGCUGCUCUUCCCCGGCCAGGGCAGCCAGGUGGUGGGCAUGGGCCGCGGGCUGCUCCGCUACCCGCGCGUCCGCGAGCUUUACGACGCCGCCCGCCGCGUGCUCGGCUACGACCUGCUGGAGCUGAGCUUGCGCGGGCCGCAGGAGGCCCUGGACCGCACCGUGCACUGCCAGCCCGCUGUCUUCGUGGCUUCGCUGGCCGCCGUGGAGAAACUGCAUCACCUGCAGCCGGCGGUCACUGAGAACUGUGUUGCUGCUGCUGGGUUCAGUGUGGGAGAAUUCGCAGCCCUCGUGUUUGCUGGAGCCAUGGAGUUUUCUGAAGGUCUGUAUGCAGUGAAAAUUCGAGCUGAGGCCAUGCAGGAAGCCUCGGAAGCCGUCCCCAGUGGUAUGCUUUCCGUCCUUGGCCAGCGUCAGUCCAAGUUCACUGUCGCCUGUCUGGAAGCCCAGGAACACUGCAGGACUCGGGGCAUAGAGAACCCCGUGUGCGAGGUGUCCAACUACCUCUUUCCUGACUGCAGGGUGAUCUCAGGACACCUGGAGGCUCUGCAGUUUCUCCAGAAGAAUUCCUCUAAGUAUCACUUCAGACGCACCAAGAUGUUGCCAGUUAGCGGUGGGUUCCAUACCAGCCUCAUGGAGCCGGCUGUGGAGCCUCUGGCACAGGUGUUAAAGGCGAUUGAUGUCAAGAAGCCCCUGGUUUCCGUGCACUCGAACGUCGACGGGAACAAAUACAUGCAUGCCAGACACAUCCAGAAACUGCUGGUCCGGCAGCUGGUCUCCCCGGUGAAGUGGGAGCAGACGAUGCACGCCAUAUACCAAAGGAAGAAGGGCACCGCGUUCCCCCGGACGUUCGAGGUGGGGCCCGGGAAGCAGCUGGGCACCAUCCUCAAGAGCUGUAACCUGCAGGCCUGGAGGUCCUACAGUCACGUCGAGGUGCUGGAGGCCGAUGAGGACCCAGAGCAGCCGCUGUAG